AUGGAGCAGCCACCGUCGGCGCCCGUGUUUCCGCUCUCGUUCUAUCGCGAUUCGCUGUUUGGCGAUGACGACAACAAGGUCGGCGACAUCUACCUUGAGACCGUCGACAGCGACAUUGAAGAUGAAGCUGAAGAGGAGACCGAGACCGAGAUCGAGGUGAGGCAUGACAACAACGACGACAACGACGAGGGCAAGGCGAAAGACGAGGACGAGCCCGAGGCGGGGGAAAACGACGACGACGGCGAUGGGGAGGGGGACGAUGACGAGGAUCACGAGGGGUGCGCCCGCAAGCGCCGACGCCGUGAGGCCGAGGCGAUUAUCGACGAUUCGUGGACGGCCUCAUUGGAUCCUGCCUCGAGCGCCAAGAAGCGUCGCGCCGAUGCCAUCGCUGCCCUCAUGCGCGAGGACGUCGUCGUGCCGUCUGCCUCGUCCGGCGCCAGGAGACCACGACGGCGCGCGCCACGCCGCAAGUGA